AUGGGCUGUUGCAAAAGUCUUCCAAAUAUUACUUGUGAUUUUCGUUUGCAUAAAAUAAAAUCCUCAUGUUUGACACACAAUGAAAUUAUACAAUUUGAAGCACUGUUAUCUGAAAUACCUGAUCAUUGCCGACAAGCAAUUAUCAACCUACCUAUACGUCAACUACUUAAUAUUUAUCAAUAUCAUAUAAGGGCAUUAGAUUAUGGUCUACAAAAAGAAUGGCAACUUGUUAUUGCAUUUGAACAACGUGUUAUAAAACGCUUACAAGUUCUAUUACCUACUGAUAAAGAUCAUUAUAUUUUCUUUAAUUUUUACAAUGUAUUAUCAGCAUCUUUCUUAGCAUUAGGUGCACUUCAAUUAGCUAUCGAAGGACUUCAUAUAGCUCUAGUUAUUUUAUUAAAACAUACACCAACGGAUUAUAAAACAAUAAGUAUGCAUUAUUAUCAUAUAGCUAAUGUUUACAAAAUUUUAUACGAUUUGAAAACAAUGAUACAAUAUUUAACAAAAGCAAUUGAAAUAGCUCGAUUAAUAAAUGACUUAGAUCAAGAAUAUAUUGUUAAACUUGAAACUGAACUCCAAAUAGCAAUACAACAACAAGAUAACAAUAACCUGCCAUAUUCGACACGUUCUGAGUUAAAAAUAGAAUUUGAAGAGAUUAAUCAAGAUUUUCAUCAAUGGAUAACAGCUGGUACAAUUACCUUCGAUGCACAACGUAAUAGACUUCUUUAUAAUGAAUCUCAAUCCAAAUAUUGGCGUUAUUAUCAAUCUGAAGUAUAA